CUCCCCAUUUGGGAGAUGGAGGCUUACUUUCGGUCGAUCUACCUCUGUGGUAGAAGACCUGCGACUUCUGUGCAGGAAAUAUGUGACAUCCUCUGCCGUCUGUCAAAUAGGCCUUGCCAGGGCCUAAUCCUUUUGAGGAUGGCUCGUCUGGGCAUUCUGCUGGGCCUGCUGAUGGCCGCCUGCUUCACCUUCUGCCUCGGUCGUAAGGACUCGGAACUUGCACUGACCCACCCGGAGGAGAGCAGCACCAAAGAAACAGCGAGAAAGGGAAGCACAGCAGAGGAGGAGCUGGAGCCUGAGGUCCUGGAGGUGUUCCACCCGACUCAUGAGUGGCAGGCUCUUCACCCAGGUCAGGCUGUUCCUGCAGGGUCCCAUGUGCGGCUGAAUCUCCAGACUGGGGCAAGAGAAGUGAAACUCCAAGAUGAGGACAAGUUUCGAAGCAAUUUGAAAGGGUUGAAAAAAGGCAAAAGGCUGGACAUCAACACCAACACCUAUACAUCUCAGGACCUCAAGAGUGCGCUGGCAAAAUUCAAGGAGGGGGCAGAGAGGGAGAAUUCAAAGGAAGACAAGGAAAGGCAGGCCAAGGUUAAACGGCUCUUCCGCCCCAUCGAGGAGCUAAAGAAGGACUUCGAGGAGCUGAAUGUUGUCAUUGAGACUGACAUGCAGAUCAUGGUACGGCUGAUCAACAAGUUCAAUAGUUCGAGCUCCAGCCUGGAGGAAAAGGUUGCUGCGCUCUUUGAUCUUGAAUAUUACGUCCAUCAGAUGGAUAAUGCACAAGACCUGCUUUCCUUCGGUGGCCUUCAAGUGGUGAUCAAUGGGCUGAACAGCACAGAGCCCCUGGUGAAGGAGUACGCGGCCUUUGUGCUGGGAGCUGCCUUUUCCAGCAACCCAAAGGUCCAGGUGGAAGCCGGAGGGGGAGCCCUGCAGAAAUUGCUGGUCAUUCUGGCCACUGAGCAGCCUCUCACUGCAAAGAAGAAGGUCCUGUUUGCCCUGUGCUCCCUAUUACGACACUUCCCGUACGCCCAGCAGCAGUUCCCUGAAGAUGGGGGGGCUGCAGGUCCUGAGAGUCUGGUCCAGGAGAAGGGCACGGAGGUGCUGGCCGUGCGUGUGGUCACUCUGCUCUACGACCUGGUCACGAGAAGGUGGAUGUUUGCUGAGGAGGAGGCCGAGCUGACCCGGGAGACAUCCCCAGAGAAGCUACAGCAGUAUCGCCAGGUGCACCUCCUGCCAGGCCUUCGGGAACAGGGCUGGUGCGAGAUCACUGCCCACCUCCUGGCACUGCCAGAGCACGAUGCCCGUGAAAAGGUGCUGCAGACGCUGGGCGCCCUCCUGGCCACCUGCCGGGACCACUACCGUCGAGACCCGCAGCUCAGCAGGACGCUGGUCAGCCUGCAGGCUGAGUACCAGGCUCUGGCGGCCCUGGAGCUCCGCGAGGGUGAGGAUGAGGGUUACUUCCGGGAACUCCUGGGUGCCAUCAACAGCCUGCUGACCGAGCUGAGAUGAAGCUGCCCCGGACGCUGGGACUGGACCAGGAUGCUGCUAGUGAGGCUGGCGGGCACCGGCUUGGGUGGACUCUUCAGGGGAUACCUGGCAGGAGGGAGGACCCUCGGGGCCUGGGCGUCACCUGGGCAGGGCUGACUUGGCCAUUAAAUGGAGGCAUGAAGGA